UCCACCGCGUCCACCAAUGCCAAAACGAGCAUUUCCCCCUGUCAGCUGAAUGAAGCCAAGUGACAGUGGCACCGCGCUUAACGCUGCAGGGAGAACUGGCUUUAACGCGUUCGUUUCUCUCUCUCUCCCCUAAACUCUGGGUGUGAGUAGCCUAGAACUCAGUUUUGGUCCACUCGCUUUUUGCGCUCUCACCACCUUCCAUCAUUACGUCCCAAAGCAAAACAGACGUUUUAGCGCUCGCUUCUCGGACUUUCCAGAGGAAGAGAAUCGCCGCCGCUACAGUGGCCAUAGUCAUGGUUUUGGCUCUCAUCAUCGUGAUUCCCCUGCUAGUCCAAACUCCCAAGACCGACGCGCACUACGAGAUGAUGGGCACCUGUCGGAUGAUCUGUGAUCCAUACAACACCAAACCGAGUGCCACAGCUCUGGAGGUUAUGCAAGACAUGAGUGCCAUCCCUAAUCCGACCUUUGUUCAAGGGAUUAAAGGCCAACCGGGUCGGCCUGGGAAACCCGGACCGAGAGGCCCGCCAGGCGAACCGGGGGCCCCUGGUCCAAGAGGACCUCCGGGGGACAAAGGAGAUUCUGGGAAUAUGGGGUAUUCCGGAGUAGUGGGCACAGCGCGGACACUGACCGGAGGCGACCUAGGCUCUGCUAUUGGCCGAGCAAAGAUAGCAUUUUAUGUGGGUCUUAAAAACCCUCACGAGGGAUACGAAGUUUUAAAGUUCGACGACGUUGUCACGAACCUAGGGAACCACUAUGACCCGAAAACGGGCAAGUUCACAUGCCAGGUGUCUGGGAUUUACUACUUCAUCUAUCAUAUCCUGAUGCGCGGAGGAGAUGGCACAAGCAUGUGGGCAGAUUUAUGCAAAAACGGACAGGUCCGAGCCAGUGCCAUAGCGCAGGAUGCCGACCAGAACUACGACUACGCCAGCAACAGCGUUGUCCUGCAUCUGGACUCUGGCGACGAGAUUUAUGUCAAACUGGACGGUGGCAAGGCGCACGGUGGGAACAACAACAAAUACAGCACGUUUUCCGGUUUCCUUUUGUACCCGGACUAAUAUGGGGUAAUUGCACCACUUACUGCCAAGAACGAAUUUAACCCCCUUUAGUCUAAUCAACACUGCCGAUCAGGUAGACAAGAAGAAUAUGUAGGCUGCCCUGCAACGAAGCACUUGGUCUUACAUUCAGUCUUACAAUCAGUUUUCUCUUAAAGCACUUGAUUUUAAAUUUUUUUUUUUUUGAUAUCCACAGGGACAAAACAAUUGCACUUUUCCACAACUGAUUAACAUUCUUUGCUGAUUUUGUGUAGUAACAAGCAAAAAAGUAGUUUUCUCCACUAUAGCAUGUUCAGGAACCCUUCUGAAAUGGGACAAGUACUGUGGUAACUAUAAAUAUAAUCUCAGAGAUAUUUAUCCCCGUUGUUAUAAGGCGCUACUGAUGAAAUGCUGUCACAUGAAGGAUUAAUUGUGUAUAUUUCUGAUGUUGCUGUAUUUUUCCUUUUGUACAUUUUGUACAGGUUAUUCAGUGUCCUGUAAAUGAGUGGACUGAAACUGAACUGAAUAGGCCUUGAUAUGGAGGAUGAUACUGUGUGAUGCCAUUGUUUUCUUGAAAGUGUAUCUCAUAAAGAUACAUAUGCACACACCCACUCACCUCCACACACACACACACACACA